GUCCUCUGCUUUUAAAACUGAAAGAAAUGGAUUUUUUGCACUUUUCUGCUUCUAUCUCUAGUAAAGGAUGGAUUCAGUUAUCUCUUGUUUGACCUUCACAUGUUUCUCCGUCUCAUCUCCAUAUAGUUUAACUGAUCGCAGUAGUUAACCUUGAUCUAUCACACGGAACUGGUUUCCGUGUACAGUGGUCUGCUCAAGCAGAUGACAAAAACAAAACUAGAGGUUAGAAUGUCAGAGUUGUUGAGGCGGCGGCAUACUGCUUUGCUGCAGACUAGUAGUAUAGAGACUUAUCCAGCAUUAGCAACAGUUGAUUCAGUAUAUCAUGUUGCUUGGAAUAGCAUUCAAGCUUGGAGCUAUUGCUCUGAGCAUUCUCAUAUCACUGUCAACAUGGAGCAACUUAAUCUUUAGGUGGUAUUCUCUACCCAGUGCUGAUGUUAAUAUUUUGUAUGACUUUAUUGUUGUUGGAGGUGGCUCUGCAGGAUCAACUGUGGCAGGCAGAUUAGCUGGUAAUGGUUUUAAUGUACUCCUGCUAGAAGCUGGAGGCCCUCCGCCCUGGUGGGCCACUCUAGGAACUAUUGAUAUUCCUAUCUUCGGACCCCUCUGGCAACGCACUGACCUUGACUGGACUUACACCACAGAAUCGCAGAAGCACUCUUGUGGAGCAUUCAACAAUGAGGCGAGCCUCUGGCCUAGAGGUAAAGUUCUGGGUGGCUCUGGCCGUUUAAACAAUAUGGUCUAUCUCCGAGGGCACGAAAAGGACUGGGAAUCGUGGGGCUUCUCUUCAGCAAGCCAACUGCACUACUUCAAAAAGUCUGAAAAUCAUCUCGGACUUUAUAAGACUGACACGCGUCAUCACAAUGUGGAUGGCUGGUUGCCAGUCUCUGACAUUCCUAUGACCACAGACCUUUCUAAGGCAGUCUUAAAUGCUGCAGAAGAAUUGGGAUACUUCGUUGGAGACCUAAAUACAAUGACACAGACAGGGUUUAUGGAGGUCCAAACCACUACAUUCAAUGGAUCUCGCUUUGCUGCUGAUUCUGCUUUUCUGUAUACCAAAAAGUUACCAAAUCUCCACAUAAGAACAAAUUCUCAUGUCAGCAGGGUUUUACUAGAUGGAAAUAAUGAGGCAAAAGGUGUUGAGUAUUAUCAUGUGAAUGGGUGGCAUAAAGCAAGAAGUAGGCAUGGUGUAAUACUUUCUGCCGGAGCAAUUGGAUCUCCCCAAAUCCUUUUACACUCAGGAAUUGGACCUACUGACCACCUCUCUGACCUUGAAAUACCAGUGAAAGUUAAUUCUUCUCAUGUUGGCAAAAAUCUAAUAGAUCAUGUGUCCACGGGAAGUGAUUUGGUUUUGUUAAAUUCAUCUCUCUCUUUAAGUCUGUCAAACUUGGCACAUCCCAAAUCAUUUCUAGAAUAUAUCUUGUCUGGGGAAGGUGUCCUUUCCCAUGGAGGUUGUGAGGCAACAGGCCUGUUACACACUCGCUAUUCAGAUCCGUUGAACAACCCUCCUGAUGUUCAACUUCUAAUUUUACCAGCAGGGCUGACAUUUGAUGAAGGGUCACUUCUUCGCUACAACAUGGGUCUGAAAGACAAAAUAUGGAAUGAAUACUUUUCUCUUAAGACUGAUUCACACAUAGGAGUUACAAUUUUAGUUAUAUUACUACAUCCUUGGAGUCACGGUGAGAUCAAACUGAAGUCCAAGAACCCUUUUGAUCCUCCUCUUAUAGAUCCAAAGUAUCUUUCAGACCCAAGAGAUGUUGAAGUUCUAGUCGAGGGUAUACAAGCUGUUAAGAAACUAAUCAAUACCAAAUCUAUGUCAAAACUUGGAGCUUAUUUGAACCCUAACCAUAUGCCAGGGUGUGAAAUGCAUGACUUUGAUAGCCAUGCAUAUUGGCAAUGUUACACCAGGAUGCUGUCAUACACUGUGUAUCACCCUGCAGGUACUUGUAGAAUGGGAUCUCCAGAGGAUGCUGUAGUCGACCAUUCAUUCAGAGUACACAAAACAAAAAACUUGUAUGUGGUUGAUGCAUCAGUUAUGCCAACACUUCCUAGUGCAAACAUCAAUGCAGCUGUUAUAGCCCUGGCUGAAAGAGCUGCAGAUGUAAUUACUCACCAAAUUCUGGGUAGAGACCAGCAACAAACUCCUCAGCAAACGUAUUUCUCUGUGAUGAAUGUACUUAAAAAACAUAAUUUUUGCUCACUGUUUAUCAACUCAACAGUCUAAUAAAAAUGAAAGACCAA